ACACACACACACACACAUAAACUCUCUCUCUCUCUCUCUCUCUCACACACACACACACACACACGAGUCUCUGCUGCAGCUCAUUCUGCGCUCGAUCAUCACACAGCAGAGCAUCUGUUGAUGAAGAUGAUUCCUCCUGGAGACUGUCUGUACGCUGGGAGGAAGAGGAGGAAACCCGUCCAGAAACAAAAACCAGCGGCGGUGACGGAGAAAUCGAACCCAUCGAAGCGGCAUCGUGACCGUCUGAACGCUGAGCUGGAGCGACUGGCCGGCCUGCUGCCCUUCUCCCCCGAGAUCAUCUCCAAACUGGACAAACUGUCCGUCCUGCGUCUGAGCGUCAGCUACCUGCGGGUCAAGAGCUUCUUCAGCGCUGCUAAGGAAAACCCUCGUGAGAAACACGCGAACGGGAAAGAGUGCAACACGACGGCCAGCGGUGCCCCUGAGAGCCAGCUGCUGCUAGAGUCUUUAGCAGGUUUUGCGCUGGUCGUCAGCAGUGAUGGGAUGGUCUUCUACGCCUCCUCCACCAUAGUAGACUAUCUGGGCUUCCACCAGACGGAUGUGAUGCAUCAGAACGUGUUCGACUACAUUCAUGUGGACGACCGGCAGGAGUUCAGACGGCAGCUGCACUGGGCCAUGAACCCUUCGACCCAAACCUCGGCGCAGCAGUCUCCUGACGGCUCGGGUGAAGAUUUCGUAGUCAGCAGCACUCUUAAGUCCCACAAGAGUUACCCUCCUCCAUAAACCUCCUGCUUCCUAAACCGCUGCUUCAUCCUGCGCGUGCGCUGCUUACUGGACAGCACCUCCGGAUUCCUGACGAUGCAGUUUCAAGGAAGACUGAAGUUCCUUCACGGUCAGAGGAAGAAGACGUCGUCCGGAGCGCUUCUGCCUCCUCAGCUGGCGCUGUUCUGCGUCGCUGUGCCUCUGCUCCUGCCCUCCAUCACCGAGAUGAAGAUGAAGAGCAGCGUGAUGAAGGGCAAACACAGGAACCCCGGUGUUCUCACCUCAUUAGAUCACAAUGACAGAGACGAUCCUCUCAGACGUCCACACAUGAGCCAAGACAGCGUCAAGUACAAGAGCGAAGCUCACUACGGUCCAGACCAGCCUGUGAACUUCUGCAGGUCGAGCGGUCAGAAGUUCACAGACCUGGACUGCGGCGCGUGGCCCGUGAGAAGCUCCUCGGUCCGGACGGUCGACCUGCUGCCCGGCGCUCGGCUCUGCAGACACACGCAUCGAUCGGCCCCUGGAUAUUACAGUCACAGAGCUGAGGCGUACGGGAGCGCCGCACACGACGACUUCAGCAUCAAGAGCGAGAACUUCUGCUACGAAGGGCCCGGCGAGGGAUACGACGCACACGUGAUGCUCGAGCCGCCCAUAAAGAUGGAGCAAGACUCGGACUCGGAGAACGGCUACGGACAGCCCUGGACAGAUGGUGAGCGUUUCCUGAACGGCUGCGACGGCGCGCAGAUGAAAGUGGAGGCUGGAUACGGAGAGCAGUAUUCCUCCUGCCAGAGGAUGUACAGCAGCCACUAUCCCUCGAACACUUACGGCGGGGCCCGAGCGCUCAAGAGCGUCCUGAACAGAGAAGCACUGAACUCACAGUGUGUGGACACCUACGCUGCUGACUACAAAGGGUACGUACAGCACGACUACAAAUCGGGUUACGAGUUCAAAGGUCAAGGGCUGCUUCACUGCAUCAAACAGGAGCCCGCUGACGCUCCGCUUUGGCACGACGUCCCCAGCGCCGGCCCGAAGAUCAGCAUGAGCUGCGGCGCACACAAGACCCACCCCUACGUCUUCAUGCAGUAGCACUUCACUCUCAUUCUGCCAUUUAUUCAGUUUCAAUCUGGACAUUCAUGUGCUGCGUUUCAAACCCACAAUCAUCCUGUUGCUCGCACACACACAAACACACAACACUGCAAAAUAUGAUGUUCAUCCUCAGGAUUUCUGCCUUGUUUUUCAGCACAAACAGAUUCAUUUACUGGAGAUGCAAAAUUACCUAAUAUAUGAAGUCUUGGUUUCUGAAAAAGGGUUCAAAUUUGAGUUUACAAGAACAAAUAUCAGGUUUUCCUUUGAGCCUUUUUUUUUUUUGUCUGAGCUCAUUGACGGAUAUUUUUUUUUUUUUUUAUGUCACUCAUUUAGAUAAUUUUUUUCAGAAAACAAAACUUAAAAUCGUAAGCCAUUUUUUGCUUGUAUCUUGAGUCAAGCAUGUUUAAUUUCUGUCCUGGAAAACAAGACACAAAUCCUAAGAAAGAAAAUCUUUGAUUGCAGUGAAGUGUUUCUGUCAGUGCUUGAGCGUCUGGUUUACAUUUCGUUUGGUGAGCUUUCAUUAUUCUCUUCUAUGCACUUUUGUAAAGUGAGGCUAAUAUUUCUUUCUCAGUUUUUCUGUUUGUUGAAAAUGGACAAGUAAAAAUUACUAACGUAAAAAUGAGAACAGAAAAAAAUUACAACAAUCUGAAACUAUUCUGUAUAUUUUAUUUGAAAUGGAAAAAAUCAAAGAUUGAUUUGAAGGUUCGGGAUUUGCUUAGAGUCUAUCAUCAUGAUCAUUGGUUUACUUUUAACACUUGUUUUAUUAAAGCAUUUCUUCUGCAUCUUUAUUAAGCAUUUAAAAGUUUAAAAACAGAAUCAGAAGUUUGUGUUCAGCUGGAUCAACAAAUCUCUUUAAACAGCCUCGAGGUGAAAGAAAAACACCAAACUAAUCUGUUGAAGCAGACCAGUAAUAAAACAAUAAUAAAUAGUCAAAUAUUUAGGCUCUUAAACAUUGUGAUGUUAAAUUCUCUUCAGCAUUGAUAAGAAUGCCAAACAUUUCAUGUGUUUAAUCGAGCAUGCUCUGAAGUUUAGGGCUUGUAACUAUGACUUUAUAUAAAACUACUGUUCAAAUGUAUCAAUAAAUGGUAAAGUAUUAAUAAAUAAUAGUAAUAAUGCUGCACUUGCACUACUGGGGCUAGUUAUCCGAAAGAAACCCUGCCGAGGCGUAAUGUCCUCGUGACUCCCUGGUGUUUGACGAGCUGUUUCUGGAAGGUUCAUUUGUAUCAAUAAUUUGUAUUUAUUGUUUAAUGGCCUUUUGCACUUUUUCAGGAAGGAUUUUAACAUGACAUUUUGCCUCUGGCAUUCAGCAUGGGCAAUAAAUAUUAACAGAAGAUACAGAAAUGUUUUACACAAGUUUGUAGCUGCAAAGCAGCAACACUCAGACGUGGGUCUUCCUGUUAUAUUUAUUACUUUUAUAAAAAUAAAAAUCUUGUAUGA